GUGUCCGUGUCAUACUUAGGGAAUGCAAUCCUCUUUCUAGAAUUUUAAGUGGAUUGGUUAAUUAUUAGCCAGUCAGGAUUGGAUGUCAUUCGAAGGGUGUCAACACUGUGAUUCCCCUCUAAAUGAGAAUGAACUUGUGCAGACUUCCAGGCACAAAGGGGACACCUGUGAUUUCCAUCCUCUGAAUUUGUGGCUCCUCACCUUGUUACUCCAGGAGCCCCUGUGUCUGGUGCCCUUUGUCAGAGUACUGCACUCAAGAUGGCCAUCCCUAACGUAUUAUUAGAAAGAAAGAAAUUCAUAAUUAUUAGUCUGCUGGCUGUCUCCAUCGUCACCAUCAUCCUAGGGCUUGGUCUAGGGCUUGGACUGCAGCUGGAGGACUGUCGCAGGAAAGAUGUCUACGUCUCCUGCAGGAACCGCUGCUAUGAGCCCAACGACACUGAGACCCCCGGAUGCCGCUGUGACGCCCAAUGUGGGACUAGCGGGGCCUGCUGCCAUGACUACAUUGACCUCUGUGUCGCACCUAGUCAGCAGUGGGAAUGCACCAGUUUACGCUGCAGUGAGAAGAGGCUUUCUGUGAGUAAAUGUCACUGUUCGGUUGACUGCAUGGAACAAGGAGAUUGUUGCACCAACUUCGAGAGUGUCUGCAAAGGUGGAACAGAGUGGAAGGAGGAUGCCUGUGAGGAUAUAGUGGCACCUCAAUGUCCAGCCAGCUUUUCCCGGCAGCCGCUGCUCCUCAUUUCACUGGAUGGAUUCAGAGCUGAGUAUCUGAAAACGUGGAGCACGAUACUCCCAGUGAUAGACAAACUAAGAACAUGUGGAACCCACAGCCCCUACAUGCAAGCGGCCUUUCCCAGCACGACCUUCCCCAAUCACUACUCCAUCGUCACGGGCCUCUACCCGGAAUCUCAUGGUCUGGUCGAAAACAGCAUGUACGAUCCUGUCUUCGACGCUUCCUUCGACCUCUCAGGCACGGAGAAGGAAAAUCCCAGGUGGUACCUGGGCCAGCCCAUCUGGCACACAGUCAUGAACCAGGGGCUGAAAGCCGGCACGUUCUUCUGGCCUGGCUCCGACGUCAAAAUCAAUGGGAGUUUUCCAAAUAUUUAUGAAGUCUACGACGGGAACGUGCCGUUUGAGCAGAGGAUCUUUAAGGUACUGCAGUGGCUCAGACUGCCCGACAAUACGAGGCCAGACUUCUAUACCUUAUACCUGGAGGAGCCAGAUAAAUCGGGACACAAAUUCGGGCCGGUCAGCGGUGGGGUCAUAGAGGCCAUCCAGAACAUGGACAGGAUCAUAGGCCAACUGAUGAAUGGACUCAAGCAGAUGAACCUACACCGAUGUGUCAACAUCAUCAUCGUAGCCGAUCACGGCAUGGAGGAUACCAGCUGCACCCAAAUGGAGUUUCUGGAGAACAUGCUGGGAAACGUAAAUGACCUCUUUGUGUAUCAAGGAGCUUUUGGUAGAAUCCGGUCGAAAAUCAAAGGACAGAGCUUGGAUUCUGCGCGACUUGUGGCCAACCUUACAGAUUUCCAAUGCCGGAAACCAAGUCCAAAGGUAAGACCCUUCCAGAAAGCUCACCUGCCCAAGCGAUUCCACUACGCCUCCAGCCGACGCAUCGAGGACGCUAUCAUCCUUGUUGAGCCCAAGUGGCUGUUCGCGAGAAACAAAGACACCUACACCUUCUGUGAUGGCGGGGCUCACGGAUAUGACAAUGACGAGUACAGCAUGCAGGCCAUGUUCCUGAGCUACGGACCCAAGUUUCACUACAAGACUCUAGUUGAGCCUUUCUCCAAUGUCGAACUGUACAAUCUCAUGUGCGACAUUCUGGAGAUAUCACCCGCUCAGAACAACGGCACCCAUGGCAGCUUGAACCACCUGCUGAGGGGUCCCUGGCAUGUGCCCCAGUUCCCCGCUGAGCAGACCCCCCCGGGAACCUGCCCCCUCCUUUCUCUCACCCCCACUGAUGACCUGGGCUGUAACUGCCCUAGCCAGAACCAUACCUUGCUGAACAGACGCCUGAAUCUGACCAGCUCUGAAGAGCCCACACUUAUCCCUGUCACUUUCUUCUGGGGCCGUUGCUUUUCUCAUGAAGAGAUAUGGGUUUACCUUCAAGACGUCCUUCUAAAGAAGUACGCCCAGCAGUACAAUGGCAUCAACGUGCAGCUGGGUCCCGCCUUCGACUAUAACUACGAUGGACUGUAUGACAUCCCGCAUCAGAUCAAAGAAUUCGUCCCUAACAGCUCCAUACCCGUACCCACACAUUACUUUAUGGUUUUAACCAGCUGUGAAAACGUUUCACAGCCGGUGGACGGCUGCCAUGAGGAAAUGCAGGCCGUGGCCUUUCUGAUACCCCACCGGGCGGAGCAUGCGGAGGCCUGCAUGGGUGGCCAGCCAGAGGCCCAGUGGGUCGAGGACUUACUUUGGUUUCACAAAUCUCGGGUGAGGGAUGUCGAGUUGAUCACAGGACUGGAUUUCUACCAGGGAAGCGGCAGACCAGUCACAGAACUGCUCCGGCUCAAGACUCGACCCACAGCUGCCAUCUCAAGAAUCACAUCGGCGUGAAUUCUUAUUUCAUUGUUAGAAAAACGGCAGUACUGUUCCCAGUUUUUAAACUUUAUACCGCGAUGCUCGUAUACCAUGAUAGAGAUAAAGCUGACAUCAGCCGUUCCCUCGGCUGUUCCUACCCUCGAGAUGUGACUGGAAUUGGGUUCCGCUUGUGUAUUUUCUACAGAGAAAUGAGUAUCUUCCUCUGGGCUGUUAUACCAUCAGUCACAUUUGAAGCUGCAGCACAUAUUUAGACACCAAACAUUUUCCAAGCCAGUGUAAUUUGCUAAUUUGCUUGUAAAUUAAUCAAACCCAAACUGGGCCAUACGGGGUGAGUCCUGUCGGUCUGUUGUAUGUGUUUUUUAUUUUUAUCAAUCAAACACAUAUAUACAAAAAUACAACCACAAGCAGACAUGAGCAGGCAGAGGAAGGGUUACAGACAGUGUAUUGCUCAAAGUUAAAAGCAGCACAUUAAUUACAAAUUAAUUGCUAAAGGCCUUGAACAAUGUUUAAGAUAAAUACAUUUCAACUUUUUAAAUAAAAAGUAAAAACAUAGAGGCCUUUUUAAGCAACUUACAUUUCUGAAUAUAGAUUCUGGCUAAAAAUUAACCACAAAAUCCCCCCCCAAAAAAAGAACUUAAUAGGGUUUUUAGGAAUCCUAAAGUAAACACACUUUAUGGUUAAUGAAGCGUCUGGGGAGAUUCUUUUCCCGACAUAAUUUGAAAAAUCAAUCCAAAAAACUUCUGAGUAAUUACAUUCCCAAAAAAUGUGGUCAACAGUUUCAGUAAAACAGACCUAUUGGGAGCAAUGGGAAGACAUACUGGGAUGGUACAGAUAUAUAUGGCUUAAGGGGAACGGCUCUUAUUUUUUAUCGGUAAAGUUGCUGCUGAUAAAAGAUUUACUAUAAUUACAUUAGAAGUAUCCAAAACAGGUGGGGAGCAAGAUGGGCCCUUAGUGCUGCACUGGAGCAGCAUCCUGGAAGCAUCUGGAAUAGCAUGAAAAACUGAUUGCAUAUUCUUUUGAUGGGACAGGAAAAGAACAUUUAUCCAUAAAAAUUUUAUAAAAGAAAAGUUCACCAUUUUCAAAAAGUUGUGAUACUAAUAGGAUGCUUUUUUCAAACCAAGAACAGUAGAAUAAAGUUUUGCAAAGGUU